AGAACUUCCAACAGCGCCAUGUUGGGACAGAGCAUCCGGAGGUUCACAACCUCUGUGGUCUGUAGGAGCCACUAUGAGGAAGGCCCAGGGAAGAAUUUGCCAUUUUCAGUGGAAAACAAGUGGCGAUUACUACUUACCAUGACUUUGUACUUUGGAUCUGGAUUUGCUCCACCUUUUUUUUUAUAGUAAGACAUCAGCUGCUUAAGA